CAGUCGGUAGCUGAACCCUUGAGCUCAGAGAGUCUUAGUCACCGCCCCUCUUCCUGACGCCUAUAUCUCUCCUCCUCCCCGUUGUCCCCAGCUCCUUGCUGCUUUUAUCAUAGCUCUGCAAAAUUCAGCCUCCGUAGAUCAUCCUUGCUGUUAUAUCUGUUUAACUCGGAAAAUGGGUGCCUCCCAGUCCAAAGUACCUGACCCAGUAACGAAUGAGAAGCUCCCGGAGCGGCUGCGAGCUCUCGAGAUUAGGGGAGAAGAAUCCUUCUCAGAGAAAACUCUCAAAGUCCCACAUUAUUCGGCUUCAGGGUCGCCUGAUGUCUCAAUAACUAAGGCCGAAACAUGGGAGAAAGAGCUACUCGAGGACCCAAAGAACCGUCUCGCCCUGGCGGCACUCUCCUCAAACGCGCCCACUACUGUCUUGACGUCUCGAUCCGCUGAAAUCGCGGACACGCAGAACUUCAAUAUCAAAAUCCCAUUUGAGGGUGGCCCCGUCACUAAUCAGAACCGCUCCGGCCGUUGCUGGCUUUUUGCCUCUACAAAUGUCUUCCGUGUGGCGCUCAUGCGAAGAUAUAGUUUGGAGCAAUUCGAACUUAGCCAGUCCUAUCUCUUCUUCUGGGACAAGCUUGAGAAGGCGAAUUAUUUCCUCGAGCAAAUUCUCGACACACUCGACGAAGACUUGGACAGCAGAUUGACCCAGACUCUUCUGGCCAGCCCUGUCGGAGAUGGUGGUCAGUGGGAUAUGGUCGCCAACCUUGUUGAAAAAUACGGAUUGGUUCCUCAAACUCUUUAUCCCGAUUCGUACAAUGCACGAAACUCGAGUGCUAUGGACACACUCUUGACGACCAAGCUCCGCGAGGAUGCUCUGGAACUACGCCGUCUCAGCAGUAAGAUUGUCAAUGCCAAGUCCUCGCUCUCCGGAGUGAAGGAGAAAAUGAUGCAGGAAAUCCAUGGCAUAAUUACACUUAUGCUUGGGCCUCCACCUAGCCCAUCCAAGGAAUUUACAUGGGAGUUUUAUGACAAGAACGGCAAGUUCAAGAAGAUUGUCACAACUCCACUCAAGUUUGCCCAGGACCUUUCGAGCCCCGAAUCUGUUCGCGCUUGCGCAGGAACAGACGUCCAUCAACUUUUCAGCCUCGUCAACGAUCCAAGGAACCCAUACGGUAAGCUGCUCAGUGUAUCCAGACUUGGAAAUGUCACUGGCGGCCGACCUAUUACUUAUGUGAACGUUGACAUGAAUACCAUGAAAUCCGCUUGCAUUAGCAUGCUUCGCGCCGGUCUGCCCAUCUUCUUUGGAAGUGACGUUGGAAAAUACAGCAACUCAACGUCGGGCAUCAUGGACGUCGACUUGAUUGACUACGAACUUGGUUUCAACAUUAAACUUGGCAUGUCCAAAGCGCAGCGCCUCAUGACUGGCGAAAGCGCCAUGACCCAUGCCAUGGUCUUGACUGCCGUGCACGUAGUCGAUGGCAAGCCUGUCCGAUGGCGCGUCCAGAACAGCUGGGGCACCAGCGCUGGCACCGACGGGUACUUUGUCAUGAGCGAUCGCUGGAUGGACCAGUUUGUGUACCAAGCUGUGGUGGACCCGUCCUUUGUUUCAAAGGAGGUCAGAGACGUGCUUAAGAAGCAACCAAAGAUGCUCAACUUGUGGGACCCAAUGGGUGCUUUGGCAUAAUUUUGCCCGCUUUGGUAUAUCAUAAUGAAUAGAUGGAUAUAUUAUGCAUGGCGGAUGCAUCGAAUCUUUUAGUUUUGGGUUUCUCGCGUCAUAUGUUGGAUAUCUUUUGUACUGUGCUUCCCUCUAGGCGUAGAAUUUUGAUAUCUCGAUGCAGCUUGAUUUUGAUUUGCUCCUUGAUUUUCCUCCCCGUUCUGCAUAGCUGACUUAGGCCAUCAUCCGUACUGCAAUAUGAUUUUGUCACCGUUACACUGUGGCCUUGCCAGUAGAUAGACCCAUUAAUCGAGAAUAAGAAUUAUGGCAAACACGAGAUGCAGUCAAGAGUUAUACCCCCGAGU